AUUCCCGGUGGCGGCGGACGGCCUGCAGAAAUGUGCAAAUUUAGUUCGACAAACAAUCGCGCAAUUAAUUGGAAAUAAUUGCGGAAUUCAUUGCGCGUCAACCGCAGAAAAUAUUUAUGCGAAUUUUUGAUUACGAUUCGCGGUAAAAGCCCUUUGAGCGAUGUGGUUCGUGAAAAUGAUUUCAACAGAAGCGAGUUUUCCACUUGGCUUCAUCCUAACGAGCUUGCUAUUGGCAUUUCCCGGUUGCCGAGGAGAGAGAACGAAUGUGGGUCUCGUCUAUGAGAACACCGAUCCGGAUCUCGAGAAGAUCUUCCACCUGGCCAUCAGCAAGGCGAAUGAGGAGAAUGAGGAUCUGCAACUGCACGGCGUGUCCGUCUCCAUUGAGCCGGGAAACUCCUUCGAAACCUCCAAGAAGCUCUGCAAAAUGCUAAGGCAAAAUCUGGUGGCAGUUUUCGGACCCACCUCGAAUCUGGCCGCCCGUCACGCGAUGAGCAUCUGCGACGCCAAGGAGCUGCCAUUUUUGGACACGCGCUGGGAUUUUGGGGCCCAGCUGCCGACCAUCAAUCUGCACCCACAUCCAGCCACGCUGGGCGUGGCCCUGCGGGAUAUGGUGGUGGCCCUGGGCUGGGAGAGCUUCACCAUUAUCUACGAGUCGGGCGAGUACUUGCCCACCGUGCGAGAGCUGCUGCAGAUGUACGGCACCGCUGGUCCCACGGUCACGGUCCGUCGCUAUGAGCUGGAUCUGAACGGCAACUACCGGAAUGUACUGCGGCGUAUACGCAAUGCGGAUGAUUUCUCGUUUGUGGUUGUCGGAUCCAUGGCCACUCUGCCAGAGUUCUUCAAGCAAGCCCAGCAGGUGGGUCUGGUGACCAGCGACUACCGCUAUAUUAUCGGCAACCUGGACUGGCACACCAUGGACCUGGAGCCGUACCAACACGCCGGAACCAACAUCACGGGUCUGCGCCUCGUCUCUCCGGAUAGCGAACAGGUGCAGGAGGUGGCUAAGGCACUCUACGAGAGCGAGGAACCCUUCCAAAACGUGUCCUGCCCCCUGACCAACAGCAUGGCCCUGGUCUACGAUGGCGUCCAGCUUCUGGCCGAGACCUACAAGCAUGUGAACUUCCGGCCCGUGGCCCUCAGUUGUAACGAUGACAGUGCCUGGGACAAGGGCUACACGCUCGUCAACUACAUGAAGUCGCUAACGCUGAAUGGCCUCACGGGACCCAUUCGGUUUGACUACGAGGGACUCCGCACGGAUUUCAAGCUGGAAGUCAUUGAGCUGGCCGUUUCGGGUAUGCAGAAAAUCGGGCAAUGGAGCGGCGAGGAUGGCUUCCAGGAGAAUCGUCCUGCCCCGGCACACUCCCUGGAGCCGGAUAUGCGUUCGCUGGUGAACAAAAGCUUCGUCGUCAUCACGGCCAUUAGUGAACCCUAUGGCAUGCUAAAGGAGACCUCCGAGAAGCUGGAGGGCAACGAUCAGUUUGAGGGCUUCGGCAUCGAACUAAUUGACGAGCUGUCCAAGAAGCUGGGAUUCUCCUACACAUGGCGCCUCCAGGAGGACAACAAGUAUGGUGGAAUCGAUCCCAAAACAGGCGAAUGGAAUGGCAUGUUGCGUGAGAUAAUUGACAGUCGCGCUGACAUGGGCAUUACGGAUCUGACCAUGACAUCGGAACGAGAGAGCGGAGUCGACUUCACCAUACCCUUUAUGAGUCUGGGAAUCGGCAUCCUCUUUCGCAAACCGAUGAAGGAGCCACCGAAGCUGUUCUCCUUCAUGUCCCCGUUUUCAGGAGAGGUUUGGCUCUGGCUGGGUCUGGCCUACAUGGGCGUAUCCAUCAGCAUGUUCGUGCUGGGAAGGCUAUCUCCGGCGGAGUGGGACAAUCCGUAUCCCUGCAUUGAGGAGCCAACGGAAUUGGAGAAUCAGUUUAGUUUCGCCAACUGUCUAUGGUUCUCCAUAGGUGCUCUACUUCAGCAAGGAUCUGAACUGGCUCCCAAGGCUUACUCCACUCGGGCCGUGGCCGCUUCCUGGUGGUUCUUCACAUUGAUUUUGGUCUCCUCUUACACUGCUAAUCUGGCGGCUUUCCUCACUGUAGAGUCUUUGGUAACGCCCAUCAAUGAUGCGGAUGACCUAUCGAAGAACAAGGGCGGUGUAAACUACGGGGCCAAAAUUGGGGGAGCUACCUUUAACUUCUUUAAGGAAUCAAACUAUCCCACCUACCAGCGGAUGUACGAGUUCAUGAGGGAUAAUCCCCAGUACAUGACCAACACCAACCAGGAGGGAGUUGAUCGCGUGGAGAACUCCAACUACGCCUUUCUCAUGGAGUCCACCACCAUUGAGUAUAUCACAGAGCGCCGAUGCACGCUCACUCAGGUGGGAGCAUUGCUGGACGAGAAGGGAUACGGGAUAGCCAUGCGAAAGAACUGGCCGUACAGGGACACGUUGAGCCAGGCUGUUCUAGAGAUGCAGGAGCAGGGUCUGCUGACCAAGAUGAAGACCAAGUGGUGGCAGGAGAAGCGCGGCGGGGGAGCUUGUUCGGUAAGUGAUCAGCCUAAUCUCAAUCUCUGGCAGCUCGUGCAUGUGUGGGUGUGUGCAGGACGCGGACGAGGACUCUGGCGCCGUGGCCCUGGAGAUUAGUAACCUGGGCGGUGUUUUCCUGGUGAUGGGAGUCGGCUCCUUCUUUGGCAUCUUUGUCUCCCUGCUCGAGAUGGUGCUGGGCGUUAAGGAGCGCAGCGAUGAGAACCAGGUAUCCGCCAGGAUAUAUUCCAGCUUCGAGAAUACCCCGCCUCACGAUCCGAUUAGCUGGCCUGCCUUUUUUUGCACACACACUUGAAAACAUUUACAUCUCCGACAUCCUCCGAAAAACCCACAGGAAGCCCCAGACUCGGAUGCCUCCUCGCUGGGAUUCGCCAAUUUGGGCGGCGUCUACCUUGUCAUGUUUGUGGGCAGCUGUUUUGGCAGUAUUUACGGCUUGGUCAACUGCGUGGUGAGCGUCUACUUGAGAGCGCGGGAGAACAAGGUAACGCGGAUGGAGACCUAUAAAUAUAUUCCAAUGUUUCGUGACUAAAAGUGGCGGAGAAAAGGUCGCCCUAACGGAUUCGUUUCAUCAGCUUCCCAGAACGACAGCUCGGAGCCAUAAAUACAUUCACCACCUUUUCAUUUGUGUCGUCUUUAAUAUUUCAAUUUUCCUAAUCUCGUUAUGUUGUCUACUACAAUGCCUUGUUCAUGAAUGCUUUAUGAUAGAUUUCAUCCGCAUGCUACUUUCGCCCUUCCAUCAGUAAAGAGUUUACUUAACAUCAACACUUUCAUAUCGGCAGGUGAGCUUCAAGACGGAACUUCUCGACGAGAUCCGCUUCAUUUUACAAUGCUCCGGCAAUACCAAAGCGGUGAAGUAUCCGAAAAACUCUUCGCGAUCGAAUGCCAGCUCGAAAUCGAAAGGCUCUUCCAUGUCAGUGGAUUCAUUGCCCGAGGAUACCUCAGAAGCUGACGCAUCUGGCAAGCAUAACCAUGGCAAAAAGUAAAUUUACCAAGCGAUUAUAUCGCUUGUUCACACAGUGAAAUCUCAUGUACGGAAAUUUAAAAUAAAAAAACAACAGAGAAUGCUAUAGUCGAGUUCGCCGACUAUCAGAUAGUGGAAAUGCAAACGCG